CAUACGCCAAAAAUAUGAUGAUAAUUGAGCGUGUUAAUGAUGAUUGCCUGGCUGAAAUAUUCAUGUAUGUGCCAGCAUGUGAAAGACCAAAAAUUGCAUUGGUAUGCAAAAAAUGGACAAGAGUCCUUGAUAAUUCUUGGUUUAAUGUCAAAAAACUUGAAUUAACUCAUUGGGAAUAUGACGAGUAUCCACAUUUUUUAGAGAGAAAUAAUCCAACAAUCGAUCGACAAUUCAGUUUUUUGAAAUCACUGCUUUAUAAAUGUGGUCAUUAUUUAAGAGAAUUAGACUUGUCAGUCUAUGCUCAUUGUAACAUAUUGCCAGUUAUUAGCGAAUAUUGUCAAAAUCUCGUAAAACUUCGAAUAAGAAUCAAUAAUAUUGAUGAUGCAAUAUUAGAUAAUGCAUUUUCACAACUUUCUAAACUAAAAGUAUUAAAAAUCAUAUUUCAUGGUUGUUUUCAUGAUAUAUAUCCAUCAGUACCUACAACUUUAAUUAAUUCAUUGAUAAACGUUGCUGAUACAUUGACUGAUCUCAAUAUUACAAAUUGGCCUGCAGUCCUUCCUGAAACCGCCCGUUUUCCCGAAGAAAUGACUAAUGUGAUUUCUCAACUAAAGGCCUUAAGAAAAUUUGGAAUUGCUGGUAUAGAAUGUCCCAAAAGUUUAUACGACUAUUUGAAAAAUUCUAAAACAAUAGAAACCAAUAGUGACCACGUUUGUUACAUUAAAAUUAAUAUUGAUGUUUCGGAGCCCAUUGACAGAAUCGAAAGAUUAGAUAUUGCUGGUUGUAAAAUUUCCGAUGAUUGUAUAUAUACUAUUGCUAAUACUAUGAAACGAUUACACACACUAGCUGUAUCAUGUUUAUUGCUAACCGAUACUGGUAUCGGUGCAUGUAUAAAGAUGAGUAAUUUAAAAUAUCUUGUGUUUGACGGCUUUAAUAAUACGGCCACUGACUCUUCAAUUAAAUUGCUCAAAAAUUUAACACAUUUAAAGUUACCAUUCAGCAAUAAAAUUACUGAUGAAUCAGCCAUUAAAGUUCUUGAAAAUUCACCAGACAUGAUUUGUUAUUGCGUUCGAAACACAGGUAUAACUCAUAAAUUUAUUAAAAAAGCAGCAGAAAUAUCAAGAAAUCGUAAAAAAGAAUUAAAUAUACAUGUUUCUUUUGACCGUGAUCACACUAAAUAUGAAUAUUUGGAUAUUGAGUAUAUGAAAAAACAGGAACAUCCAAAAACGAAAAUUAGAUAACAUCGGCUAUUGAUGAUAACUGACUAAUAAUCUUGUAUAUAAUAUACGAGAUCGAUUGAAAGUUUUACCAAUAUAACAAUCAGAGAAAAAGAUAAUUUUACUCACGAGAUACAAAAUAAUAAAAAUGAGUUAAUAUACUAAAUUAGUUAGUUGGUAGUUAGUUGGAGUUAACUCUUCAG